CUGCAUAAGGGAUCUGGAAAAUGAUUGCCAUCUGAUCAAACGGAGUACUCUCGAAGUGUCUCCUUAUGUGGGCCUUGGCAAUAAACGCUUUAGUUUGGCGGGCUUACAGAGAUGCCUGCAGAGCAGCAGCCGCUGGCCUAGUUUACCGGACAGUGGCUGCAUCCUGCCAUGGGUGAGAUGUGGAAGAGAAGGGAGGGAGACGAAGGUGUCUGUCCUGCCGCUCAUCAAGGCCUGGGAACUUAGAUGCUGGAUUUUCUUAGCGAGAGUAAAAGAGGCAUUCCCUCCUUCUUCCAUCCCCUACAGCUCUAAAAAUAGCUGUUCCGGGGCGCUGCGGAGAGGCUCCGCCUCUGCUGGGGGUGGGGGUGGGAGGCAGUGCAGACCCCGAGCCCUGAGCUACUAGCGUGGAGAGGCGUGCAGGAUCCUUGCAUUCGGCUAAUAGUGUCCGCCUGGCUGGCAGCAUCCUCGGGCUGCACUGCGGAGAUGGGGAAGCAGGCUUUGGAGCUGAGGUACGGUGAGGAUUUAAGGUCUCCAGCACUGACCCUGUGAUGAUUUGCUGUGAACCCUGGCAGCCCUUCCAUUCUGCUCAAGAAAUCUCAGGUCUUCUUUCAGCUCCUUGGCCAGUGGCCUUGGUGGCACUCUACCCCUGUGGUCAGUCCAGAGCCUCUCCUGCCCAUGCAGUAUUCAGCAGCCACUGUUGAGGGCCUUAGUGGCCCGCUGUCUGGGGCCUACACACUCCCCACCUUCAAGUUCCAGCCUCGCCGUGAGAGCAUAGACUGGAGGCGCAUCAGCGCUGUGGACGUGGACCGUGUGGCCCGGGAGCUGGACGUGGCCACCCUGCAGGAGAACAUUGCUGGCGUCACCUUCUGCAACUUGGAUCGAGAGGUGUGCAACCACUGUAGGCAGCCGGUGGACCCAGCGCUGCUCAAGGUGCUGCGCCUGGCACAGCUCAUCAUCGAGUACCUCCUGCACUGCCAGGACUGCCUGAGUGCCAGCGUGGCGCAGCUGGAAGCUCGGCUGCAGGCCAGCCUGGGCCAGCAGCAGCGUGGCCAGCAGGAGCUGGGGCGCCAGGCUGAUGAGCUCAAGGGUGUUCGGGAGGAGAGCCGGCGUCGGCGAAAGAUGAUCAGCACCCUGCAGCAGCUGCUCCUGCAGACCGGUGCCCACAGCUACCACACGUGCCAUUUGUGUGACAAGACAUUCAUGAAUGCCACCUUUCUCCGGGGCCACAUCCAGCGCAGGCAUGCAGGCACAACAGAAGUCGGAAAGCAGAAGCAGGAGCAGCCACUGGGGGAGGUGCUGGAGGAGCUGCGGGCCAAGCUCCAGUGGACCCAAGGGGAGCUGGAAGCCCAGAGAGAAGCUGAGCGGCAGCGGCAGGCCCAGGAAGUAGAGAUGACUCGUCAGAGGGAAAUAGAAGCUAGAAAAAAGUUUGAUGAAUGGAAAGAAAAAGAACGAAGCAAGCUUUAUGGGGAAAUAGACAAGUUGAAACAAUUAUUUUGGGAUGAAUUUAAAACUGUUGCCAACCAGAACUCUACGCUAGAAGAGAAGCUGAAGGCGCUGAAGUCCUACAGUAUGACCGAGUCCCACCUUGGGUCUCUGCGGGAUGAGGAGUCAGAGGAGCGACUCAAGCAGGCCCAGGAGCUCCAGGCCCUUCGAGAGAAGAUGGAAGUUCAGAAAACAGAAUGGAAGAGAAAGAUGAAGGCACUCCACGAAGAGCGGGCAGCUGAGAGGAGAGAGAUGCGGGAAGAGAAUGAGAGGCUCCAUGCCACCCUGUCUCAGGAUCAGAAGAAGGCAGCCGCUCAGUCUCAACGCCAUAUCAAUGCCCUCCGUGCCCAGCUUCAAGAACAAGCCAGGCUUAUCGCGUCCCAAGAGGAGACGAUCCAGACAUUGUCCCUCAGGAAGACGGAGGAAGUCCAAGAGUUGCCCAAGGCUGUUGUGGACACAGAGGAGGAGGACUCUUCUGAGGAAGAGCUGCAGGAGUCCCGUGAUGAGCAGCGGAAGGUGUUAGCAGCUCUGAGGCAAAACCCCACUUGGCUGAAGCAGUUCCGGCCCAUCCUGGAGGACACCCUGGAAGAGAAGCUGGAAGGCAUGGGGAUAAAGAGGGGCACAAAGGGAAUUUCAGCUCAGACUCUCCGACAUCUGGAGUCCCUGCUGAGAAGCCAAAGGGAGCAGACAGCCAGAAGCUUUCGUGAAUUUUGGCGUCUGAGGGAAAAACUCAAUAAGGAAGUGACCGGCAGAGCGAAGGAGAGAUGGGAGAGCACGGCUGUAGCGUCCCAGCCAGACGGCCAGCCUCCAGUCAAAAGCCAGCCGAUCGCGCUGGCCACACGGGAGGCCCGGCCAAAGACCAGGACCCUGAAUGUGGUGCUGCCGUCCAAGCCAGCCCUGCCUUCUACGCCAACUCUUCAGAGCCACAGCAGCCAUGGCCCUGGCCUCACCCAGGUGUCCACCCCCAUUCCACGCCCCCGAGUGCAUGGACCCUCCAGUACCCCUGUUUCCCCUGGGCCCGGGCUGAGCAGCACCCCCCCUUUUAGUUCUGAAGAGGAGCCAGAAGAAGACAUUGUGCAGCAAGUGUCUCUUCAGCCCCCCAAAGCUCUUUCCAGGUCUGCGCCCCAGCCGGAGGACAAGUGGGGCUGGUCUGAUUCUGAGACCUCGGAGGAGAGUGCCCAGCCCUCCGGCAAGGGCUCCGGUGGGCUGGCUUCCUCAGGAACACUGGUGCAGUCGAUGGUCAAAAACCUUGAGAAACAGCUUGAAACUCCAGCAAAGAAGCCGUCUGGAGGGGUCAGUGUGUUCUUAAGGCCCAACACUGCCCUACAGAGGUCUUCCACACCAGCAAGGAAGUCUCAGCUUUCUGAGGAUGAGAGUGACUUGGAGAUCUCAUCCUUGGAAGAUCUCUCCCAGGACUUGGACCAGAGAGGAACGCCAAAGCCUUUGUCUCGAUCAAAGCUCCCAGAAAAGUUCAAUGCCAGCCCUUGGAGUUCUGGCCGACCUAGGGUUCCUGGCUGGUGAUUCUGCUGUGGUUGCCAGAGGGCUUAGCCUCUUUGCCUGGCUGGGCUCACCCCAACAGAAGAGGCUGUUAGGCCUGUUGCUCCCACCAGCAGCCAAGAAAUCUUUCCCUUGAGGAGAAGCAGAGCAGGAGACAGACCUCUAUGCAUUCUCCCUGUAUGGACUGCUACCUCAGAGGGCCGGGGUCCUGCUGCUACCCCAAGAGGCUGGGUCCUGGAGCGCUGUCUUGUGUAAAUGUGAGAAGGAUUAUAACAGGACCUCCAAGUGUUUAUUCCAUGAUUCCCAUGUCCAGCCCAGACUUAAAGGAGUUACUAUUUCUAGGCCUUUUGUAAUUUGCAGGUCACCAUGGAGAUGGGUCCGGAGUCGUCAGUUACCUACUCUGGGCUGGACUCUCUCGCCUUUCACCACUGAGUUGGGGUGCAGACAGAGGUAGAUGGUGUGAAGUGUCCGCUGCCAGGGCCGAGCGUAGUAAUCUAGUGUUAGAUAUUAGAGAGUUAGGAGAGUAUGGAGAGGCUGCCUGUCCUCAUUUCAUUUCUGUUGCUGUGAUGAAACUCUGACCAAAAGCAGCUUAGAGGAGGAAAGGCUUUCUUGCGUUUACAAUUCCAGGUCACAGCCUGUCGCUGAGGGGGGCAAAGGCUGGAACUUGAGGGUCAGCCUGCUUCCUCUUCCACAUAGCAUUACCUCUGACCAAGGAAUUCACUUCACAGCCAAAGAAGCAGAGCAGGAACCAUGGAGGGACUGCUUGCUAACUGGCUCACAGCUGUAUAUACCCAGCUAGCUUUUGUAUACAGUUCAGGACCACCUGCCUGGGGAUGGUGCCACUCACAGUGGGCUGGGUCCUCCUAUGACCGUGAACAAUCAGGACAGUUUCUCACAGACAUUGUCCUGAAAGCAUUUCUUCUACUGACGGUCUCCUCUUGGACAGUUCUCAGUUGUGACAAAUUGAUAUUUAGAACUAACCAGGACACCAUUCAACCCAGACCAGGAUGACCUUGGAGAAGUUCCCAGAGUUGUUACACCUGGUGGAGCUUGUUGGUGGCCAAGAAGAAAGAGCAAUUUAGAUGAAGCCUCUUGUCCCCAUAGGACCACCAAUUUAAUUUUUGAAAUCAUUUCUGACAUUGAGUUUUUAUAUGUAGUUUUUUUAUAUGACUGAAUUUUUUUUGGAGGGGGGAGUUGAGUUUUUUUGAGACAGGGUUUCUCUGUGUAGCACUGGCUGU